AUGGAGACACCGUACACCGAUCAUCUCUCCGCGGCGGACUAUGAGCAUGUCUAUGAGCCGGCGGAGGAUUCUUUUCUGUUGCUUGACGCGCUCGAAGCAGAUCUGGAGUUCUUAGAGAAGCAGCUGCAGCCGCGUCUGUGCGUCGAGAUUGGUUCGGGCAGUGGUGUUAUCAUCACUGCGCUGGCCAAGCGCCUCUCCCACGCCGCCCACUGCCUCGCCACGGACAUUAAUCCACGGGCCUGCGAGGCAACCAGACGCACUGCAUCCCGCAAUGGUGCCAAGUUGGACAGCGUUCGCUGCAAUCUGACAAAUGGAUUGCGACGACGUUGCGUCGAUUUGCUGCUCUUCAAUCCGCCGUAUGUGGUGACCAGUGAUGAGGAGCUGCUCCACCAGCAAGGGAUCUCCUCAGCCACAGAGCGUAAUCUGGUCUAUUCGUGGGCGGGGGGCAGGCGUGGGCGAAGGGUGACAGACAUUUUACUGGAGCAAUUGGAUGACAUACUAUCACCUGGCGGCGUUCUCUACUUGCUGCUGCUGCACGAGAAUAAACCGGAUGAAAUAGUCCAACAGUUGGCAAGACUCAAGUUUAAGGCUGUUAAAUGCAUGGAGCGACAUAUUCCCGGUGAACAUCUCUAUAUACUUAAAGUAGCUAGAAUCGUAAAUUGAUUUUAUCAUAAAGUGCAAUAUUUAAUCUA